AUGCUUCUGGAGGUGUUCCUCAGCAUUUCUUUGCUUCUGCUUCAGCUUCCGUGUUGCCAGUCAUCGCUCAAUGAAACACCUCGUGAGGAGAGGGGGCCAUCAGUGACCGAGCAGGGCCUGCCGGAACGCUCGCUGGACAAUCCAGGGUGCCCUGCCUGUGAGUGUCAGAAUUUAGAGGAAGGACCAGGGACGUGGAAUGACUGCCUCACGAAGCUGCGCGCGCGUGAGUUCUUGGAUAUCGGAUGGCGGAGCGCGCUUUUCCAUUGCUGCGCUCGCCCUUUUUCAAUGGAUCUGUCUUGA